AUGAUGUUCAUUUUAGGUAUAUCUCUUUCUUUCUUUUUCUUUCCUUCUUUCUUUUUUCUUUCUUUCUUUCUUUUUCUUUUUUCUUUACGCUUUUUUUCCGUUGUUUCUUUUUUUCUGCAUGAUUUUCUUUUUGCAUCUAUCUAUCUAUCUAUCUAUCUAUCUAUCUAUCUAUCUAUCUAUCUAUCUAUCUAUCUAUCUAUGCUUGCUCAUAUCUAUCUAUCUAUCUAUCUAUCUAUCUAUCUAUCUAUCUAUCUAUCAAUGCAUGCUCAUAUCUAUCUAUCUAUCUAUCUAUCUAUCUAUCUAUCUAUCAAUCUAUCUAUGCUUGCUCAUAUCUAUCUAUCUAUGAUUGCUCAUAUCUAUCUAUCUAUCUAUCUAUGCUUGCUCAUAUCUAUCUAUCUAUCAAUGUUUGCUCAUAUCUAUCUAUCUAUGCUUGCUCAUAUCUAUCUAUAUAUCUAUCUAGCUAUCUAUGCUUGCGCAUAUCUAUCUAUCUAUCUAUCUAUCUAUCUAUCUGUGCUUGCUCAUAUUUAUCUAUCUAUCUAUCUAUCUAUCUAUCUAUAUAUAUAUAUAUAUAUAUAUAUAUAUAUAUAUGCUUGCUCAUAUCUAUCUAUCUAUACGUGCUCAUAUCUAUCUAUCUAUCUAUCUAUCUAUCUAUCUAUCUAUCUAUCUAUGCGUGCUCAUAUCUAUCUAUCUAUCUAUCUAUCUAUCUAUCUAUCUAUCUAUCUAUCUAUCUAUGCUUGCUCAUAUCUACCUAUCUAUCUAUCUAUGUUUGCUCAUAUCUAUCUAUCUAUCUAUCUAUCUAUGCUUGCUCAUAUCUACCUAUCUAUCUAUCUAUGUUUGCUCAUAUCUAUCUAUCUAUCUAUCUAUCUAUGCUUGCUCAUAUCUAUCUAUCUAUCUAUCUAUCUAUGUUUGCUCAUAUCUAUCUAUCUAUCUAUCUAUCUAUGCUUGCUCAUAUCUACCUAUCUAUCUAUCUAUGUUUGCUCAUAUCUAUCUAUCUAUCUAUCUAUCUAUCUAUCUAUAUCUAUCUAUCUAUCUAUCUAUCUAUCUAUCUAUCUUUCUAUCUAUCUAUCUAUGCUUGCUCAUAUCUACCUAUCUAUCUAUCUAUGUUUGCUCAUAUCUAUCUAUCUACCUAUCUAUCUAUCUAUGCUUGCUCAUAUCUAUCUAUCUAUCUAUCUAUGCUUGCUCAUAUCUAUCUAUCUAUCUAUCUAUCUAUCUAUCUAUGCUUGCUCAUAUCUACCUAUCUAUCUAUCUAUGUUUGCUCAUAUCUAUCUAUCUAUCUAUCUAUGUUUGCUCAUAUCUACCUAUCUAUCUAUCUAUGUUUGCUCAUAUCUAUCUAUCUAUCAAUGUUUGCUCAUAUCUAUCUAUCUAUCUAUCUAUCUAUCUAUCUAUCUAUGUUUGCUCAUAUCUACCUAUCUAUCAAUGUUUGCUCAUAUCUAUCUAUCUAUCUAUCUAUCUAUGUUUGCUCAUAUCUAUCUAUCUAUGAUUGCUCAUAUCUAUCUAUCUAUCUCUUUAUUUAUUUCCUCUUCAUUUUCAGCAUUACCUUUAUUUUGUAUGUUUUUUUUUUCAUUUUUCUUCUUUUUCGCUUUCUUUAUCUGUAUGAAUUUCUUCUUGCAAGUUUACAUACGUCAUUUUCAUGUACAUAUGUAUAUCUUUCUUCUUCUGCUUGAAUCCUUUUUUAUAUCUAUCUAUCUAUCUAUCUAUCUAUCUAUCUAUCUAUCUAUUAAUCUAUCUAUUUAUUUUUUAUUUCCUUUUAAUUUUUAUUUAUUUUAA